GUACAAGGUUCAAGACAUGGACAUGGACAGGUAAUUGUCAUGUUUGCUGUCUCUCGGACUCUCUCCAAGUUGAAUUCAAGUUGCACUCGGCAAAGUGUUGCUGCAUGUCUUGCACUGCGUUGAGCGCGUGCCCGCCGCUCGUUUCACUCCUCCCAUCGCCUGGGAGGCGAGUAUGCUGUCAGUGCAUCCCGAUAUCGAGCUCAAUGUCGACAAUGUCCGUGUCCUUACAGCGGCGUUGCUUCAACUUCCCUAUACCACAGCAUCCCUCACGCUCGUCGACUAUGGCAAGCUCGCUGGCCAAGGCUUGGGAGCUCUUUCAUGCACUCGCCCAUCGGAACUUCCCUAAUGCUGACGCGAGGGAAUGUGAACACAAAGUCGAGCGAAUGGGAACCACUGCUAUCUGGGAAACGUCGCCGUUUAUGGCUCUCGGGCUUCUCGAAAACACGUCUGUCGCCCACACGGCCAAACACGACCUCGAGUCCUUCUUUUGGGUGCUGCUCUGGUGUGUGCUUCGCUACACGCCACAUGGAGCCCUCGCCUGCGAUGAAGUCUUCGGCGGUGAUGCAACGAAAAAAUCGCUCAUACUAUCCACCCGUACCUUCCCAGUCCACGUCCCGGAAGGCACCCAGUCCGCACUUCACGUCCUCGGUAGACUGAUGAAGCAGAUGGUCAAGGCGCAGAAUCCUCCACCGGCCGAAACGCUAGAUAUGCCGGCUGAAUUUCACGUUGUAUUUCCGGAAUUUACUCCACCCGGCGAUUUACCUAAAGACAUGAACUAUAGUCGCGUUCAGACAUUAUUUGCUAUGACACUCGCUCGAACGGAUGGUUGGCCGGAGAAUGAUGAUGCUGCAAUCUCGUUCCGCGAUUUGGAGGCACAGUCACGUCUCAGAUAG